AAAGGCGAAAACGAUUUGCUUGUUCUGCUGAUAAAAAAAAGAAGGGCGACAGCGACAGACACAAAAUAAUAAAAAAAAAAUUCUUCUCGAGUCUGUUUUUUUAUAAUCGCAAAAAUUGUUGACUGUGAUUUUUUUGUUGUUAAUUUUUGAACUUUUAUUUGAACAAAUAAAUCCCCUCACACUCACGUCCAUUAUUACGAACGAACGCAUUUCUAUUUCUAACAAAAACUAAAAACACAUCCAAUUUAAAGAAUAUUGAUCCCGUGGAACCGCCCUAAGCCGGAUUUUCUUUGGAAAAAAAGCCAGUCUGCGCUGACACAGGAUUGACAGACAAGAAAAGAACAAAAAAAAAAAAAAAAAACGGUCUAGCCCCAGGGAUUCAACCUCUUUUUCUUUUUAACCCAACAACUGACAAAAAAAAAACAAAGAAAGUUAUUUUAACUUUAAAAAAAGGCACAAAAGUAUUUUUUAUUGAUAGAUCGCAAAGGGAAGUGUGUGUUGGUGUUUGGUGCUUGCAACAAAGAAGAAAAAGACAAAAAAAAAAAACGCGAAUCGGGCGUACCUAAAGUUAAAUUUUUCUUCUUUUACAAAUAUGCGAAAAGUUUGUUAAAAAAUUAAUUGAAUUGAAAUCUAGCAAAUGAUUCACGAUCAAUCAAAUAAAAAUGAUGUUGGAGUGUAAAUUCAAGUGAUUUCUCUCGAUUUCUUUAGCGACAUUUUUUAUAUAUUAAAUUAAGACACAAGAAGAAAAAAAGUAUUCUUUUCUUGCAAAAAAAAAAAAAAACAAGUUAAAUAAGAACUCGGUUGUUUCUUUGAGUUUGCACAUUAUUCAAUUGCACAAAAAAGUAGUGUGUUGUUUUUUGCAAAGUGUUACCUACUUUUUUUUUUUGCUAAAAGAACUAGAAUUUCUAGAGUUUGGGUAUUGUCUUUUGAAAAAAAAAAAACACACAACACACACCUGACAAAGCCAAUAUAUUUGUUGUUGUUGUUGUGUAUCACACAGAGCAGAGAGUACAGUACCUACCUUGAUCUUUUUUUUUUCUUUACACCUCUAAUUUUGUACAACAAACUCAACUCGAAAAUGACCGAAUACAAGUUGGUUGUUGUUGGUGCCGGUGGCGUGGGAAAAUCAGCACUCACCAUUCAAUUAAUACAAAAUCAUUUUGUAGACGAAUAUGAUCCAACGAUUGAGGACUCUUACAGGAAGCAAGUUGUUAUAGAUGGUGAAACGUGUCUUCUUGAUAUUUUGGACACCGCUGGUCAAGAAGAAUACUCAGCGAUGCGGGAUCAGUAUAUGCGAACGGGUGAAGGAUUUCUUCUGGUGUUUGCAGUAAACAGUGCCAAAUCUUUUGAGGAUAUAGGAACAUACCGUGAACAGAUUAAGCGUGUAAAAGACGCCGAAGAAGUCCCAAUGGUACUCGUUGGCAACAAAUGCGACUUACAAGCCUGGGCAGUGGACAUGAGUCAAGCCAGAGAAGUUGCGAAACAAUAUGGUAUUCCUUUUGUUGAAACAUCUGCCAAAACCCGCAUGGGUGUCGAUGAUGCAUUUUAUACACUGGUGCGCGAGAUUCGCAAGGACAAAGAACACCGGGGGAAAAAACAUCGCAACAAAAACAAACUCCCCCAUCGCAGAUUUAAAUGCGAUCUUCUUUAAAAUUAAAAAACAAAAAUAAAAAAAUAAAAAUAAAUCAUCAUUGCAAACAAAAUUCAAUGCAAAAAUCAUUUAAAAUCAACCUAAAUAAAAAUAAAGCAGAAAAUAAAACCAUAGCUACUCACACAACAAAAAAAUUACAAACAUUAAAAAAAAAAAUAAAAAACUUAUACAGCAUAAAGAAAAUUAUUCUUUUACUAAAUAAUAAAACAAAAAAAAGUUAUAAAAUCAUUUUGUUUAAUGUUUUCUCUGAAACUUAAACUUUGUCAAAAACAUUAAAAAAAAAAAACAAAAUCAUUUUAUCUUUUUUAAUUAUAAGAACGAAAUUUUUUUUAUUUUAUAUUUUUAAUCUGCAAAGAGAUUUAUUUUUUAUGUAUAAAACAAAUAAAAACAAAAAACAAUUCGCACAGGUAAACAAAAACGCAUAGACUCUUCUUCUAAUAUUUUGUUAUUGUUUCAGUUGAAUUUAUUUUUGGAAAACUAUAAUGUUAUGUAUACAUUUUUUUUUUUGAAAAAUAAAGUAUAAUAAAUGUAUUUGUAUAAUUGUAUAAAUAUAGAAUAUUUUUACAAUUGUAAACGAUAAAUUUUUAAAUUAAACAACAAGAUAUCAUUGAAAACUAAAAUAAUAUGAAAGAUUAAACACAAAUUGUGAACGAAUUAUAACUUAUGUUAUGAUUUAUUUUUUUUAUUUAGCAAAAUAAUAAAUUUUGAAAAAAAAAACUUGGUUUGACAUCCAUUAAAAGAAAACUCUUAAAAAAAAUUUAGAACUAAAUUUUGAGAUUGAACAUAACAUAGUAUAAAUUCAUCUUUUGUCGAAUGUCGAAAUAGUAAACUUUAAAUUUUUUAGCUUUGACAAAUUCAUCAUUACUCCAUUUAAAAAUAAAAUGCAAACAUUUCCAUGUAUAGAGUUAAAUAUCCAAACAAACAAAUGAAAAUGUUUUGAUUUCUGUAUUUAUAGCUGUGUUCCUUUGGCUUAAAGUAUCUACUGCUAAGUACUUCUGGUUGUAUUCAACUCCGUUUCUUCUAUAGAAAAAAUGACUUUGAAUGGAUUCAGAAAUACAUACUAAAAAGUACUUUGCUUAGCCCAAAGAAACACAGCCUAUGUAUAUAUUUCUGCAAAUUUUGACACGUUGCAAACAUUUUUUUUUUAAUUGUAAGGAAAAGUUAGAUUUUAUGUUCAGAAAGUAAAAUUUCCAAAACAUCUUAUCAAAAUAAUUAACUUAUUUAUUCCCAAAACAAUUAAAAACCUAAAUUGAUAUUUAAGUCAAUUAUUCUCCAACGCAGUCUCAUAAGAAGUAUCCUGAAACAAAAAUUAAGCCACUUUCCAAAAAAAACAUCAAAUCAAAGUCGUUGAUCGAAUAAUCAUGUUGAUUAUAGAGUUGACGAAAGUAACAUGAAAAAACAUCUUUCAAUUUAAUUUUCGGAGCAAAUGACUUGAAAAAAGGCAUAUUAGUCCUUUAAAAAGAUGAAAGAAUAAAAAAAAUAUCUUUUACUUUAAAAAAUGGUCUAUACAUGAAAAGUUCUGACAUUUUGUUUUUAAUUUUAGUUUGAUUAGAAAAAAAGAAUUUAAUUUAAAUGUAUACACGGCUUAUAUAUAGUAAUAUAAUCAUCUAAAGACUAAACGGAAAUGGAGUCAAUGAAAAAACCUUCAAAUUCAUUUAAUGAUUAUAAUAAUUCAACUCCACUUUAGUUUUUCCAAAUUGUAUGACAACAUGAUGGAAACUCAAUUAAAAAUAAAAACAAAACAACUUUAUCUCUAUCUUAAGUAAACUUCGCACAAAUUACGCCCAAGAUAGUAUUAUUUAAAAAUAAAACACUUAAACAACUAUGGCACUUCAGUCCGUUUAGGAUUAUAAACGGCAACACAGGUGACUUGUGGUAAGCAGCGUGGAUCCCAUUCUAUCAAAGUCAAAGACUGGGUUUCAAUUUCCCAUUUUUAAAAUAACAUGUUUGUUCAGUAUAUUAAAAAAAAAAACACUGCUGAUGGAGUAGGGUUCGAUCCUACAACCUUUCUACUGGAAAUCGAUUAAGUGAUCUCAAA